AUCGCAAGCUUGCACUACUAGCUAGCAGCUAAGUCGUAACGUAACCUACAUUUAAAUGAUAUUAUGUAAAAACGGAAAGGUUGCCCAACCCUUUUGACACCUUUGCUACACGGCAAAACAAGGCCGACUAGCUCAGUUGGUUAGAGCGUCGUGCUAAUACGGUUCAUUGAUAAAAGUGUUUAUGGUACAAUUUCACGCUCUUAUCGAUGGACUUGAUACGCGAAGGUCUUGGGUUCGAUCCCCACGUUGGCCAAUCUUUUUGUAGACUCUUGUUGCCUUCAGCACCGUCUAACUUGGUUCUAGGCGUUCGUGAAUACUCUUUUGAACGUCACAGGGACGACAGACCUUUAGUUGAAUGUUCGACAGGCUAGUGAUGCCCAGUGAGGUUGUGGCCUGCCAGUAUAGGGUACAGGCUGUAUUACGUCAUCUGCCGCAUUCUUACUACGCUCUGCGAUCCAUCAACACGAUUGCUCGUGUGUUAACCGAGCCAACAUGUUCUUUAUCAAAGAGUUGACGCAUACAAUUCUCCUCCAUCCGUCAUAUUUUGGCCCUCGGAUGCUCCAGUUCCUCGAGUCAAAACUGUACUCAGACGUAGAAGGAACAUGUUCAGGCGCAUUCGGGUACAUUAUUGCUGUCGUCUCCAUCCUGGAUAUCGGAAAAGGCAUGGUACUGAGCGGAAGUGGCCAGGCCGAAUUUAUCACCCGCUAUCGUGCAAUAGUCUUCAAGCCAUUCAAAGGAGAAGUGGUCGAUGGGGUCGUGAAUAACGUUAACAAGAUGGGCUUCUUUGCUGACGUCGGGCCAUUGACAGUUUUCGUGUCUCACCAACUGAUACAUCCUGACAUGAAAUUUGAUCCGACCUCAAAUCCACCAUCCUUUGCAUCAGAGGACCAGGUAUCGUCCAUUUAUGUAUGGUCCCCCUAAUGUCCCUACCUUGUCUCGAACAGAUCAUCGAGAAGAAUACUCGUGUACGGCUAAAAAUUGUGGGAACGCGCGUCGAUGCUACCGAAAUUGUGAGUCUUUUAAUUUUAGUACGACUACAACUGUUAACACAAGGUAGUUCGCCAUCGGAACGAUCAAGGAAGAUCAUCUUGGUGUUAUAGACUAGUCAAAAGAUCGAAUUUGGACGAUCACCUUAUGUAUACCUGCUAUCACUGUAUUCGCUGUGUUAUUUACUGCAAAGUAC